UUUCAUAUUCUUCUUCUCUUCUUCUCGAACCCCAAGAAAUCUCUACUCUCUCUCUCACAACCUCUUCUCGCCCAUUUUGCCCAAAUACCCCACAUACCCAGAACGUCGUCGUAGAGAAUGGCGUCGGUGGCUAGAGUAGAUCUAGACGGCAACCCAAUAAAGCCGAUAACGAUAUGCAUGAUCGGAGCAGGAGGGUUCAUUGGGUCCCAUCUCUGCGAGAAGCUGAUGUCAGAGACCCCACACAAGGUUCUAGCUUUGGACGUCUAUAAUGACAAGAUCAAGCACCUUCUUGAGCCCGAAAACGCGCAUCCAUGGUCCGAUCGAAUCCAGUUCCACCGACUCAACAUCAAGCAAGACUCGCGCCUCGAAGGCCUCAUCAAGAUGGCAGAUCUGACCAUUAAUCUCGCCGCGAUUUGUACUCCGGCGGACUACAACACUCGCCCACUCGACACCAUCUACAGCAACUUCAUUGACGCUUUGCCUGUGGUGAAAUACUGUUCGGAAAACAACAAGCGGUUGAUUCACUUUUCUACUUGUGAAGUGUAUGGGAAAACCAUUGGAAGCUAUCUUCCUAAAGAUAGCCCUCUUCGUCAGGAUCCUGCAUAUUAUGUGCUUAAAGAAGAUGAAUCCCCCUGCAUUUUUGGCUCUAUUGAGAAGCAGAGAUGGUCUUAUGCAUGUGCAAAGCAAUUGAUCGAGAGGCUGAUUUAUGCUGAGGGUGCGGAAAAUGGCCUUGAGUUUACCAUUGUGAGACCCUUCAACUGGAUUGGACCUAGAAUGGAUUUCAUUCCUGGGAUUGACGGCCCAAGUGAGGGUGUUCCAAGAGUUCUAGCCUGUUUUAGUAAUAAUCUUCUUCGACAUGAGCCACUCAAGCUUGUAGAUGGUGGCCAAUCCCAGAGAACUUUUGUCUACAUAAAGGAUGCUAUUGAAGCUGUCAUGUUGAUGAUUGAAAAUCCUGCUAGGGCCAAUGGCCACAUUUUCAAUGUUGGCAACCCUAACAAUGAAGUUACCGUCAGGCAGCUUGGUGAAAUGAUGACUGAGGUCUAUGUUAAGGUAAGUGGUGAACCAAAACUGGAGACACCAACCAUCGAUGUAAGCUCUCAAGAAUUCUAUGGAGUGGGAUAUGAUGAUAGUGACAAGAGAAUUCCUGACAUGACUAUUAUCAAUAAGCAGCUUGGCUGGAACCCGAAGACUUCGCUAUGGGACCUGCUUGAAUCAACCCUCACCUAUCAGCAUAGGACAUAUGCUGAAGCUGUCAAGAAGGCCAUCUCCCAAGCAUCUGCUACAAGCUAAAUAAGUAUGGCUUUGGGAGGAUUCUUGCUUAGGUGUGCUGUUGUUUGACAGGUGUUCAAAAUUCUUUCUAAAGAAGUCUUCAGAUGUAUCUUAAUGUCUGAUUUGAAUAUAUAGUACAUUUUUUCGUCUUACCAGUUUCGUUAGUCAAUAGUUCAUGGUAGAGGUCAACAAUGUGUGCUUUGGAUAUGCCUGCAGAAUAUAUCUAGAUUUAAUUAGGGAACUAUAUCAUAUUACUGUAAUUUGUCACCGGAGCUUUUACUGCGACAUGCUGGGGGCCACAUUAUACAAGUGAAGUUGUUUCUGUUUCUUUUGGGGAAUGCUUGCCAUUUCUCUAUUUUGUAAUAGGGUGUUGUAUUCAUUUUCGAUAACCCUCGCAGGCUCGUGUAGGCUCUUUUAAAUUAUUAUUAAUUUAUUUAUUUCAAGCAUUC